AUGACUACUCCCUCUGGAGUCCCAAGGGGCUGUGAGGUCUCCUUGAACCCAAUCUACUUCAACCUGUGCGACCUAGAUGCGGUUUGGGGAAUCGUGCUUGAGUCCUUGGCGGCGGCUGGCGUAGUGGCAUCCUUCGUGCUGAUGGUCAUCUUGGUGGCCAGUCUACCCUUCCUGUCAGACAAAUCAAGGAGGAAUUUGGUGGCGCUGCAGUUCAGCUUCCUACUCUUCAUCACUGGCCUCUUUGGCCUCACCUUCGCCUUCAUCAUGCGACAAGAUAACACCACAUGCGCCGUGCGGCGUUUCCUCUUCGGGGUGCUGUUUGCUGGAUGUUUCUCCUGCCUGUUGGUGCACGGGAUUUGUUUGGUGAUGUUGGAGAGGAGAGACGGUCAUCCACGGGCUUGGUUGCUCUGUCUGGGAGCUAUAGGGUUCUGGCUGGUGGAAGUUAUCAUCAAUACCGAAUGGAUGAUCAUUACAUUGGUGACAAACAUCACCAUUCCAUGUUACCGCAACAUACCAGGUGUUACCAACCGGGACUUUGUGAUGGCCCUCAUCUAUGUGAUGGCCUUACUGUUGGCUGUGGUUCUGAUGGCCAUACCCUCUUUGACGCACAAACACAAGCCGUUCCGUCGAGAUGCUCUCUACAUCCUCUUGACGGGAAUUCUCUCUAUGAGCAUCUGGGUGACCUGGAUUGUCAUGUACGUUUACGGGAACAGGGCAGCAGGAUCUCAGGACUGGGAUGACCCUACGUUGGCCAUUGCUCUGGUGUCCAAUGCCUGGGUGUUCCUGGUUCUUUACAUCAUCCCAGAAGUCUGUGCCCUUACUCAGGCAUCAGAAAAAGAGGAGGAACCAAGUCAUGUGGAUCAUCUCUGCGCCAACAGGAGUAUGGUCUACGAGAACAUCCUUAGAGACCAGAACCUGUACAUGGAGAACAAGGGCUUCUCUAUGGAUGAGCCUGGAAAGCUUGUGUCCCCAUACAGUGGUUACAACGGACAGUUACGUAGCUGUGUAUACCAGCCCACUGAACUGGCCCUCAUUACGAAAGGCCACAUGAGGGAUAAGUCCAGUGAUGUAACCUUGCCCAGAGCAGUCCUGCCCUCCCUGACACAAGGCCAGUAG